AUGCUAGACGCCCCCAAUUCCAUCAAACUCGUGACUGGAAAUUCCCACAGACACCUUGCAGACCUAAUAUCUGCCUUGGUGGGCAUUCCUGUGGCCAAAGUGGGUGCGUUCCAGUACCAGAACAACGAAACUGCCGUUGCUAUAGGCGAAUCCGUCAGAGACGAAGACGUCUACGUAAUCCAGACGGGAUGUGGCGAAAACGAAGUCAAUGACUUCCUCAUGGAAUUGUUGCUUAUCCUCAAUGCCUGUAGAUCGGGUGGUGCACGUCGUAUCACGGCGGUUAUUCCCAACUUUCCAUACGCAAGACAAGAUAAGAAAGAUCGGUCCAGGGCUCCUGUGACGGCGAAGUUGAUAGCCAAUUUGUUGCAGACGGCUGGUUGUAACCAUGUGAUCACCUUGGAUUUGCAUGCGUCGCAGAUCCAGGGCUUUUUCCGUGUCCCCGUAGAUAACUUGUAUGCUGAACCCUCGGUGUUGAGAUACAUCAAAGAGAACUUUUCCCACGAGCAGAUGAUCAUUGUGUCGCCUGAUGCUGGUGGUGCGAAACGUGUGGCUUCUAUUGCCGAUAAACUUGACGUGCAGUUUGCGUUGAUCCAUAAAGAGCGCCAGAAGGCCAACGAGGUCUCCAAAAUGGUCUUGGUUGGUGACGUCUCAAAUAAGGUCUGUUUGUUGAUCGACGAUAUGGCUGACACUUGUGGCACGCUAUGCAAGGCAGCAGAUGUCCUCUUGGCCAAUGGCGCUCAGAAGGUCAUUGCAAUUGUGACCCAUGGUAUUUUCUCCGGAAACGCCAUUGAGAGACUUAACAACUCUAAAUUAUCCAGAAUUAUCUGCACCAACUCCAUUCCGCUUGAGGAUAAGUUGGCUGCUUGUCCUAAGCUAGAACUACUCGACAUCAGUCCUACCCUCGCUGAGGCUAUCAAACGUCUUCACAAUGGAGAGAGUGUCUCCUACUUAUUCGACAAUGUCCCAUAG